UCGUCGUUGUCGUUGUCGUCGUGGCGUCGUCAUCAUCGUCAUCAUCAUCAUUUUUAUUUGCCACAUUAUAUAUAGAAACAUACAAUGAAAAAACUUGGGCGAGGAGACCUCAAAGAGCCUCUUGGAUUGUAGCAGAGACCAGCUCAGUUAUUAAUGUAAUAAUUUUAAGCUUUGUGUGCGCGGCAUGACCAAUUCAGCCUUGACUCCAAUUUGCUCUCUCUUCAACAAAUCACUGAAUAUGUUCAUCAUUUUGGUGUUCCAGAAGCAUUUCGUGUAGAAGCGAAGUUACAAAGUCAUAAUUAUAGCAUUUUUUGACCAAACACAAUGCCCCUCUAACGUGAAAUCGUCAACGAAUCGUCAAAUUUUAAAUGCCAAGGAUCAAUUACGUGGAUGAAAAAAUAAAAAAAAAAGAUUUUUUUAAAGAUUAAUUUAGAAACUGAAAGUUGAAACACGAACACCAUUAACACCUUGCUAAACUUAUGACAAAAUGCCAAAUGAUUUAUGUUUAUAUUGAUUAUCUCGCUUACAUUGUUUUCAUUGUUGGUUCUAAUCCACCACAUUGAAACUGAAUAGUUGCUGUAUCUCUCUUAGGUGGGAAGAAGUGCUCAAGUCUAGUCACGGAGUGUAUCCUAUGCAAAAAUUAAUAGAAAAACUUCCUGAUGUCGCAGAGAUUGUUCUUGAUCAGUGUAUUAGCUACAGUCCCCUCCCCCCGUCGCACGAAGAUUUUUCUGUCACAUUUAACUUCAUUCAUUUGGAUCCGGAUGAGAACACCGAGCGCUUAAAGUACUUCGGUCCCGCGACUAUGGCGAUACAUCGACGGGAAAAGUUGCUAAACCACAAAGUUACGCAAGUGUUGUUACGUUGGAAGUGGAUGAUUUUGGGGAAGUUCGUCAACAUCGUCAAUACCAUAGCAUUUGCAGUUUUCGUCGUUUUGUUCUCUUUGCUUGUGGCCAAAGAAAGGGAGAAAGUUGAGUUCUCAUUCAAUUCUUCUGAAACAACCACGAUCAUGGAGGAAAAAGGCAAAUCAACCUUUGUGAAGAUAGUCCCUUAUGUAUUAACUGUAUUUUUGGUCAUACAACUUAUGAAGGAAGUAACUCAACUGACGUGGCUUCGAUUAUCGUACUUCAAGGAUUAUACAAACUGGUUAGAUUUAGCUAUGUUUGUAACGGUGUGGAUUUUCAUCUCUCCUUACAUGUUUGAAACAGAUUUGUACAGCAUGAAAACGCAAUGGACCGCUGGAGUUGUAGGCUUACUUCUGUGUUACAUCAAUUUUACGAUGUCUCUUCGUAUUUUCGGUGGGUUUGGCUUGUAUGUGACAAUGUACGUCGAAGUGCUUUUCACUCUCCUCAAAGUGAUGUCUACCUUUGUUAUUGGCCUAACGGGCUUCUCCUUGGCGUUUUAUAUUCUACUCCAGGAGCAGGGAAAUUUCACAAGUUUCUGGUUGGCUUUAGCAAAGAUUCAUAUGAUGAUGGUUGGUGAAUUGGAUUACACGGGCGUACUGGUGGAGAACGUUGUGAACAACUUCACAGUACCAGGAACAGAUGUCCCGUAUGUUCCUCUGCCAGCACUCACGUUCUGUCUGUUUUUUGUAUUCGUCGUCAUGGUGUCUGUAGUGCUUGUCAACUUGUUGGUUGGUCUGGCAGUUGGUGACAUCGAGGCCAUCAGGAAGACAGCAAGUCUGCGAGCUUUGAUAGACCAAGUUUUACUUGUUGACCACAUCUUGAAAUCUUACCCAAAGUUUAUUCUACGACGCAUAUACAAAAGUUCUUUGGAAAUAAAACCGAAUCAAAAUAGUUUCCUUAAAAGAGUUGCCUUUGCUGGUAAUGAUCUAAGUGAUUGGGAUUUUAUGGAUAAGCUGCUGAAUCGCGGAUCUGGUGCGAGUGACACAGAGGACUGGUGUCAGGAGAUGACACAGAUACGAGAUGAAAGACAAGAAGAGAACUUUCAGAAACUCCAGGCCACUGUAGAAGCACAAGGAAAACUUCUUCAGGCUAUGGCUGAGAAACUUAAAAUUACAGUGUAGAACAUAGAACAUAGUGAUUUGCUGCAUUGUGCGAGUGUCGAUAUUUAGUGCGCACGAGUAAAGCAAGGGGCUUGACCGUAAUGUAAUUAUGUAAUUAUUUAAUUUAAUUUAAUUUAAUUUAAUUUAAUUUAAUUUAAUUCAAUGUAUAAAGUAAUAAUAAUAUGGCAGAUUCCCUCUGCCAUCAUUUACUAUGGCGCCGUCCAGUGUUCAUCCCGGUAUAGAAGUGAUAGGGGCAUCUAACUGGUUCGCUUUUUGUCGCCGGUUUUCUUAUUUUGUAGUACCCUUUGCAACUCAAAUAAUUCAUACAAGGGAUGUGUGAGAUAUGACUUUUCUGUUUGUCUUUCAUGUACUUGAUUCGUAAUUUAGCAAACUAAGAUCAAACACUCUGGUUAGUUUUUUGAUGAGAUAUACAAUGAUUGUAGGGCAUCGGCACAGGCGGACAUGGUUUGAUAUCAUCUAUGACAUAUCUACUGUCAAUAUAUUGUUCAGUGUUUAGCUAACGUUAGAAACUACAAGUGUCAGCAUGUGAUUGGUUUCAGCACACUGAUUUUACAAUAUUGUCUUUACUUCAUCAUUAUGUUACUUAGAACGGAGCACUAAAUACAAUACGAUUUUUUUCUUGACAACUGAAUGGCGUAGUGUGUGUUAAUUGGUACUUCUAUUUCGAAUUCGGUCACGCGCGUUUCUUAGAAUUGGUAAAACUGAUUUUGAAUUCAAUAAAUUAUGACCGUGGUAAUUCCCUUGUUGUACAUUAUACGAUCAGAAAAAAUGAUUUAGGGCUUUAUUACGUACUAUUUGAAAAGGAUUCACCAGGGUGUUUUAGAUAGUGACGACUUUGUUUAACAGCUAUGGGCUUGCCCCAGUAUAUAUAAAUUCUGUCAAUAAAUAAUAGCCUUUUGCUGA